AUGACUACAUUUGAUUUUUCGGAUAUUGAAAUUUUCUUAGACAGUCAUCCUCAGCUGUUUGAGGACUAUUUUCUAAGAAAGGGGAAAUCUGAUUCUGUGGAUAAAUGGCUAUCCAUACACCAAGCGCUGAAGUCAAAAGUUUCAUUAAACGCAGAGACUAAUAGCAAACUACAUUUGAGAAACAACUCUAGUGAUGGAGAGCCUAUCAAUAAAGCGAGCAGCGAACAGCAGCAGGUGCGGAUAUCUCACCAGUGGGAGAUCUUGAGACGAAAUUUCGCACGUUCGAGAGCGCUCACAGUCCAUCGUACUUAUGACGAACAGGCCAGCUCUCGUGCCAGCUGCCAAGAUGAGUUCCAAGUGGGCAUGCGGCGUGGCGGGCGUGCUCUGCUGAGGAAAGCUAGCUCGUUGCCUCCGACUACCGCACACCUGCUCAGCGCGCUCCUCGAGUCCCGAGUCUGCGUACCACGGCGCACCUCGGCCGCCAGCGAGUCCAAAUACCGCCUAAAAGAGGCCGGGGAACGCGAGUUCUUUCUGGAACUAGUGAAGGACAUCUCAAACGAUCUCGACUUGACCAGCCUUAGUUAUAAAAUCCUUAUUAAUGUGUGCAUCAUGGUGAAUGCCGACAGGUGCUCUUUAUUUCUUGUGGAGGGGUCUCCUGAGAAAAAAACCCUGGUGUCCAAGCUUUUCGAUGUACACUCUGGGACCACGGUGUUACCGUCCUCCAGUUUGGAAAAUUCAAGCGAAGUGCAAGUACCUUGGGGCAAGGGUAUAAUUGGUUAUGUGGCUGAGCAUGGAGAGACCGUCAAUAUCUCGAAUGCAUACCAGGAUCAUCGUUUCAGUGAUGAAAUAGACAAGUUGACAGGAUAUAAGACAAAAUCAAUCCUUUGUAUGCCAAUUCACAACAGUGAUGGAGAAAUCAUUGGAGUGGUACAGGCAAUCAAUAAAAAUCCCAGUGGAGCUCCUUUUACUGAAGACAAUGAAAAAGUUCUGCAGAUGUAUUUGCCAUUUUGUGGCAUAUCCAUUUCCAAUGCCAAACUUUUUGCUGCUUCAAGAAAAGAAUAUGAUAGGAGCAGGACUCUCCUGGAAGUUGUUAAUGAUUUAUUUGAAGAGCAGACAGAUUUGGAAAAGAUCGUACGGAAAAUAAUGCAGCGAGCCCUCACACUGCUGCAGUGUGAAAGAUGCUCAGUUUUACUUUUGGAGGAUGUCAACUCUCCGGUGGUUAAAUUUUCGAAGACAUUUGAACUCAUGUCACCUUUGUGUUGUUCAGACAACGAACUCAGCAUUGAGAAACUGUCAAGCUCUGAUUGGCUGAUAAACAACAGCAUUGCAGAACUAGUUGCUUCAACUGGACUUCCUGUCAAUAUCAGUGAUGUCUGUCAAGACCCUCGCUUUGAUGCUGAAACAGACCAGGUGUCAACUUUUCAUAUACGCUCUGUACUGUGUGUGCCUAUCUGGAACAGCAACCAUCAGAUUAUUGGAGUUGCUCAGAUACUUAACAGACUCGACAGAAAAACAUUUGAUGAUACCGAUCAACGACUUUUUGAGGCUUUUGUCAUUUUUUGUGGUCUUGGCAUAAAUAACACAAUGAUGUAUGAUCAAGUGAAAAAAUCGUGGGCUAAACAAUCUGUGGCACUUGAUAUGCUCUCAUAUCAUGCUACCUGUUCUAAGGCAGAAGUAGAUCGCCUGAAGGCUGCAAAGAUUCCUUUAUUGACUGAACUGGGAAUUGAUGAUUUUUAUUUCAAUGAUUUUUCCUUGGAUAGUGAUGCAAUGAUUACAGCUUCACUGAGAAUGUUUAUGGAGUUAGGAAUGGUUCAGAAGUUCCGCAUUGAUUAUGAGGUUCUAUGUAGAUGGCUUCUUACCAUAAGAAAGAAUUAUCGUACUGUUCCCUAUCAUAACUGGCGCCAUGCUUUUAAUGUAUCUCAGUGCAUGUUUACCAUCAUCACAUCUGCUGAUUUUAAAGAUGUGCUGUCAGAUAUAGAAAUCUUGGCUUUAAUGGUUGGAUGCCUCUGUCAUGAUCUUGACCACAGAGGAACAAAUAAUGCUUUUCAAGCAAAGAGUGGAUCUGCCUUAGCACAGCUAUACGGGACAUCAGCCACUCUGGAGCACCAUCAUUUUAACCAUGCAGUUAUGAUUUUACAGAGUGAGGGACACAAUAUCUUUGCUAACCUUUCCUCCAAAGAGUACAGCAAGAUGAUGCAGUUACUUAAACAAGCCAUACUGUCAACUGAUCUCACACUUUAUUUCGAGCAAAGAGCUACAUUUUUUGGCCAUGUGAUAUCAGGGGAAUUCAAAUGGAGUCACGAAGAACACAGAGAAAUGAUGAGAUCUAUGCUCAUGACAGCAUGUGAUUUAGGUGCAGUAACAAGGCCCUGGGAGAUAUCAAAACAGGUAGCUGAGUUAGUCACAAGUGAAUUCUUUGAACAAGGAGACAGAGAACGCUUGGAAUUGAAGCUGACUCCAGCUGCCAUAUUCGACAGAAACAGGAAGGAUGAAUUGCCCAGGCUACAACUGGAAUGGAUUGAUGGAAUUUGUAAGCCGCUGUUUGAGGCCUUGGUGAAACUGAAUGUAAAUCUUCAGCCCAUGCUAGAUGGUAUAAAUGGAAAUAGAUCAAAAUGGGAAGAACUUUGUAUGUCUAAUCAGUUGUCCCAGUGCUCCAGGGAAAGUUCUCACUCUAGCCUGGAUGUUGAAGUGCUAGAAUGAAUUCAUGCUAAAACAUCCAUGUCUGCUUUAUAUGAAAAAAUAAUGAUUUCUGCUGCUGUGGGAUGCCUAUUAAACAACCAGCUCAAGUAAAACUGUGUCCAAGAGUUAAAUAUCCUGGCAUCACAGCACACAUUGAGACAUUACUAGUAACCAGUAGAAUAUUAUGAAUAUUUUUUUAUUCCCUGGAAAUACUUUUUCAUGGCCAUUUUUGUUUGUUUUCCUUACUUAUUACCUGUUAUGACUACUGAGACUCUCCUAGUGUUGUUACUAUGAAGUAACAGUGAAAACAUGUUAAGAUUAGAUGCAGCAUUCAUCCUGAAAGUGUA